AUCAAAAGAGUGCGACUCCCAGCGAAGCGCCGACUGAUCUGCCCAAGUAUUGCAUCAUACCGGAAUCCGUACGUACGAGUUUGAAUGGUUGGGAGGACAACGCUUAGAAGAAUGAUUCAGUGAUCCCACGGUGAUCUAACUGGAGGCAAAUUUGGCAUUUAAAAGUGAAAAGUAAGCGGGUCGUGUCCAUUUUCAGAGGGUCCAGAGGGGCGACAGCGGCACCUUUCAGACUAAACCAACGGUACCAACGACAGCCUGAGACUGAAUUCAAGACCUCAUGUCUAAUUUAAAGAAGAGAGGCUCGGGGUCAGUCCGAGAUGCAGGGGAAGACUGCAGUCAGGUGAAAGAGAAAAUGUUAGCAGCAGAUGCGAACGGGGAACCGGGCGUGUGCCCUGGCUUGGACCAAGAUAGCCCACAAACACCGGGCUCGCAGGCGGCACCCACCGAAACCUCCGGUGUCGUCUUGAAGAGAACUAUUACUCUAAGGAACGGGGUCGCUAUUAUUGUGGGAACCAUUAUCGGCUCGGGUAUCUUCAUCACACCCACUGGUGUUGUGCGAGAGGCCGGCUCCGUUGGUUUCUCGCUCAUCAUCUGGUCCAUGUGUGGCGUCUUCUCCACCAUCGGAGCACUCUGCUACGCAGAGCUGGGCACCACCAUCGUGAAGUCGGGAGGGGACUACGCGUACAUUCUGGAGGUGUACGGCUCUCUCAUGGCUUUCCUCAAACUCUGGAUCGAAUUGCUCAUCAUUCGGCCCAGCUCACAGUACAUCGUGGCGCUGGUCUUUGCCACGUAUAUCAUCAAACCCGUCUUCCCCAAUUGCGCCGUGCCCGAAGACGGAGCCAAAUUGGUGGCUUGUCUCUGUAUCUUGUUUCUGACUGCAGUGAACUGCUACAGUGUAAAGGCAGCUACAAGAGUGCAAGAUAUCUUUGCUGCAGCCAAGUUGCUGGCAUUGAUUAUCAUCAUUAUUUUGGGCUUGGUGCAAAUUUUUAAAGGUGAUACUCCUUAUUUGGAACCUAAACGAGCAUUUGAAGGGACCACAACAGAUGUGGGAAAAGCAGUAUUGGCAGUUUACAGUGGUCUCUUUGCAUAUGGUGGAUGGAAUUACUUGAAUUUUGUUACAGAAGAAAUGAUUGAGCCAUUUAAGAAUCUGCCUCGUGCUAUAAUGAUCUCCCUGCCAAUUGUGACAUGUGUGUAUGUGCUGACCAACUUGGCAUAUUUUACUACCCUGUCUCCUGAAUUAAUGCUGCAUUCAGAAGCAGUGGCCGUGGACUUUGGGAAUAUCCACUUGGGCAUAAUGUCCUGGAUUGUCCCCGUAUUUGUAGGGCUUUCCUGUUUUGGUUCUGUCAAUGGAUCGCUGUUUACCUCUUCUAGAUUAUUCUUUGUGGGAGCAAGAGAAGGUCAUUUGCCCAACCUCCUUUCAAUGAUUCACCCAAAUCUCUUUACCCCUCUACCAUCAUUAAUAUUUACUUGUUGGAUGACCUUGAUGUAUGCAUUUUCUGUCGACAUAUACUCUGUCAUUAACUUCUUCAGUUUCUUCAAUUGGCUGUGCAUUGCAUUAGCUAUUAUUGGAAUGAUGUGGCUACGCUAUAAGAAGCCAGAAAUGGAACGGCCAAUAAAGUUUAAUAUCAUUCUCCCAAUCAUUUUUGUGCUUGCCUGCAUUUUUUUGAUCGUUGUAUCCAUAUGGAUGACACCUGUGGAAUGCGCCAUUGGUUUUGCCAUAAUCCUCUCCGGAAUUCCAGUUUAUUACAUAGGAGUUUACUGGAAAAACAAACCCAAGUGGCUUUUGAAUACAAUCGAUACUAUUACGAUUUUCUGUCAAAAGAUUUUGGAGGUGGUACCUCAAACUUCGUAAGAAAAUUAAGCUCCUUAAGAAAAAUGCACAAAUAAUCAAGCAAAAGAGUCGCAAUUACAUGGUCCAAAGUUAACUUUUGUUU